CAAAUCAAGUGGUGCAGCAAUGUUCGCAAUGAAAAAUUGGGUCCUCGUUUUCCUAAUUGCAGCUGCACUUUGCAGUGUAAUCAAUUCUGAAUCAAUUUCCAUUUGUGAAGAGGCGCGCAGAACUGAUGCGGAGUGUGGCUCCUAUUGCUAUGCGGUCUCGAAACCUUUGCUGCAGAUGGCACCCUUGUGUCAUAGGAAGGAUCAGGAGAUAUCUGAACUCAAGGAUAAGCUGCAGGAUCUCCAAAGAAAGGUGUCUGCAUUUGAGGCACAGGAAUCGCAUUGUAAAAUAUUUGAUGAGCUUACUUCAUUAAGAAGUGCAGUUGAAUCCAUGGCGAACUCAAGGAGCGUCAAUACUUCGGAUGCCUCUGUUGAGUUAAAAAAAUGUCAAGAUCGCUUAAGUAAUACGAUCGGCUGUCGAAACUCAAGGACAUUACAGCAAACACUCACUGAAACUAGAGAUCGACUAAAGAAGUGUUUGGACAAAGAUGCAAAUACGACGAAGGUUGAAGAGAGUAAAGCAGAAGCAAAACCCGAAUAUCCUAGCAACUAUUUAGGGUCUAAGAACCCUAUUGUUAUCCUUAAGGUUCAAGUUCCGGACAUUGCACCCUUCCGUGUGCGUUGCAACAAUGAAAUUGCAGGUCCCGGCUGGAUGGUUAUUCAGCAGCAAGUGAAGGGUUCCCUUGUCGAUUUUGAACGCAAUUGGGAAACCUAUCGAUCGGGAUUUGGCGACCUUCAUGGCAGCCACUUUAUUGGUCUGGAGAAGCUUUAUCACCUCACAAAAUCACAGCCCCAUGAGCUCUACAUCCAUAUGGUUACAUUUCAGGAAUUUGUAACCCAGGCGUACUACGACAAUUUCCGAGUGGAUAGCGAAGCUGAGGGAUACAGAUUAAUCGACCUGGGCAAGUAUUCCGGGGGCGCUGGUGAUGCGGGGGAUGCAUUAUCCUUCAACAACAACCAGAAGUUCUCUACACUGGAUAGGGACAACGAUAGCUACGAUCGUGUUCACUGCGCCCGCGAGUAUAAAAGUGGGUGGUGGCACAAUAAUUGCACUGAAAGUAAUCUCAAUGGAAUUUACAUGAGAACAGAUGAAGCUAGUAGAUGGGGCAUUUGGUGGAGACCUUGGCAGAGAUACACCCCUUUUAAGGCGGUGCACAUGCUUAUUAGACCCAAGCUGUAGCUCCUUAAGAAUUACAAUUGUAUUUCUUUAUAUUACAUCUUGAAAGUGCAUUUCUUCACAAUAAAUUAAUGUAAGAAGCGGUCGAUCUGCAAGUG